AGGGGACCCUGAACACCUUCUUGCGUGCUUUUUACAACUUACUACCUGAUAGACCGGAAGCUAUCUUCUUCUUCUCUUGAGCAUCUAUAUAUGUCUCCCACCACGCCCGCGCCUGCAGACCAACACACCCACCGCAAACCCUCAACCAUCGCAUUGAUAUCGGUGCUUGCCCUUCUCCUCGCCGUGGCUAUUACCCGCUUCGCGAACCCGGGCGCAUCCACCACCGAUCCAAGCUCUCAAAGUACAACUGCCACCCCCCCCCUCCAACCGCCAACCUGGAUCAUCUCCGUCGCUUCUUCAGCUCACCUGUCGCCUCCGCAGUAGGUCGAUCUACGGUCGGGCCCACGAUGUCGAAAACACCGGUGUAUUUUUUG